AUGGACGACCUUCGGACAACUUGGAUGAAUGCACAGAACUCUCAGAAGGAUACUCGACCAACGCCAACCCGAGUGUUACAACAGCUCACAGUGGCAGAGAAGCAAGCUCACAAUGCCCAGGUGCUCCAGGCUUGUCAAGAAAAGAGAAGUGCUGCACGUGCUAAUCCAAAGGCUGUUCAGCAUGACAUGAAUGCCGCAUUCACAUUCAUGGAUCAUGAGUGGACAGCACUCUGCACUUGUAUGGGCAUGCAAGGUUUCUAUAUUGCUGUGUGUGGCGUAAUCAAAGAUCUCUUGGAGCCCAAAAUAUUUUUCACCAAGAAGGCACAUGUUAAGCUUGUACUCUCGGAGGAACAGAUCUGA